AUGCGUCAGAAGAGCACGGUGCACGACGCUUACACAUUUCAAUUCAUGUUCAAGUCCUGCGGCCUUGCAGGCUCGGCCUUGGAAGGGCAAAUGGUGCAUGCUCUGUUUGUCAAGCAUUUUCCUAAUUGCGACGCGUUUGUAGUGAAUUCUUUGAUGUAUAUGUAUGUACAACUUGACUGCAUUGACGAUGCCGUGACAGUGUUUAGAUUGAUCAACAUGAAAGAUGUUGUAUCCUGGAUGACGAUAAUGGGGGGACUUGUGAAAUCUCAAUUCGUGGAUGAUGCUCAGAAGCUGUUCAAUGAAAUACCUGUGAGAAAUGCAGUUUCUUGGACGAGUUUGAUAGCCGACCAUGCUAAAGAUGGAAGGGCUUCAGAAGUCAUUGGGGUGUUUAAAGAGAUGAUGUCUGAGAAUGUCGAGCCAGAUACCGUUGCAAUGGUUGCAAUCUUAUCCGCAUGCACACAGUUGCGGGAUCUAAAAUUGGGCAAAUGGCUUCAUCAGAUUGUCAUCGACAAGAGAAUUGGUGUGAGCAGCAAUCUUGCUAUUGCACUAAUCAAUAUGUAUGCAAAAGGUGGAAGCAUCAAGUCUGCUCGUCAAAUCUUCAACUCAAUGAACAACAAGAUUGCACCAGCAUGGAAUGCCAUCAUCGAUGGGUACUGUAAUAUUGGCGAUAUCGACAUAGCUCGAUCCUUAUUUGAGAAAAUGAAUGCUUCUAAUAUCAUCUCAUUUAACUCAAUGAUCACCGGAUAUAUACAUGGAGGUAGACUUAAGGAAGCAUUGCAGUUAUUUUCAAAGUUACAAGCAUCUGGCUUGCAACCUGAUAAGUUCACGGUAGUCAGCUUGCUCACAGCUUGUGCUAGUUUAGGUGCACUAAGCCAAGGCAAGAUCUUGCAUGCUCACAUCGAAGAGUGUUUCGUAAAGCAGGAUGUAUGUCAUUGGAUUUUGACUGUCAUCGACCCUUAUGCGGAGGUGAUUUAUUUGCUCGAUUCACUUAAUCAUCGCAAUCGUCAUGAUGAUUGGAAAUAUCCAGUGGAUAUGGUCCUUGUCAACCUGAUGUGA